AUGAUAAUCCGUUUCAGAUCAAAAGACGGCCAGUACCGGUUGAGUUGCGAGGGCGACACUCCAUUCCAGGACGUGCUCAGCGAGCUUGUGCUCACGAAGCUUCCGCCAAUGGACCCGCAGACGCUGUCGGUGACGAUGCCUGGGCCGGACGGCGGGGAGAGAAGCGCCGGGGAGGUUGGGACGCAGACCGUGGAUGGCCUCGGGUUGAAGAACGGCGACAUGCUGAUGUUGAAGUACACGGCGUCGAGCGGCAACGAGGGCGGGGGCCAGAGCAUCUCGGGCAAGGGCAGUGUCCCCGAGAGCGUCGGCAUCAGCAAGGUGAUUGACGGGUCGGCGGCGUCGACGUCAGCACGGGCAGCUGCCAAACAGUCGGCGCUCGACGACGAGCUCGACAGGGACCCGGGCCUCAUUCCGAGGAAGCGGGGCCCGCUCUGCAAGCACACGGACAAGGGCAUGUGUGAGUACUGCUCGCCGCUGCCGCCGUGGGACCGGGAGUACCAGGCGGACCACAACAUCAAGCACCUGUCGUUCCACGCGUACGUGGACGAGCUGAACGCGAAGGUGAACAAGAAGGAGGGCGGGUCGAGCUACAUCCCGCCGUUGAAGCCGUCGGACUUCGCCAUCAACAGGAGGUGCCCCGCGGGACACGAGCCGUGGCCGAAGGGCAUCUGCUCCAAGUGCCAGCCGUCGGCCAUCACGUUGCAGCGCCAGGAGUUCCGCAUGGUGGACCACGUGGAGUUCGAGAACAGCGGCAUGGUGAACAACUUCAUCAACGCGUGGCGGCUGAGCGGAGUCCAGCGGGUGGGCCUGCUGCUGGGCCGCUACGCCCGCUACGACAAGAUCCCGCUCGGCAUCAAGGUGCAGGUGGAGGCCAUCUACGAGUUCCCGCAGGUGGACCGCGAGGACGGGCUCGUGCUGCAGCAGUGGGACGACGAGCACCAGGUGGAGGCCCUUGCCGACGAGCUCGGGCUCCAGCCCGUCGGCGUCAUCUUCUCGGACUUGUCCGACGCCGGCCGCGGCGACGGCAGCGUCAUCUGCAAGCGCCACCUCCGCUCCUUCUUCCUCUCUUCGCUGGAGAUCCUUUUUGCCGUCCACUGGCAGCUCAAGUACCGCAACCGCUGCAAGUGGAGCGAGACCGGCGCCUUCUCCAGCAAGUUCGUCACCUGCGUCGUCAGCGGCAACAGCAGCGGCAAGAUCGACAUCAACGCCUACCAGGCCGCCGAGUCUGCCGAGGCCCUCGUCACCGCCGACCUUGUCUGCGCCUCCACCCACCCGGACCAGAUGUUCAUCAAGCCCGCCACUCCCGACCGCUACGUUCCGGACAUCUUCUACCAGAAGAUCAACGAGUACGGGCUCCAGGUCAAGCACAAUGCCAAGCCCUCCUUCCCUGUCGAGUUCCUCCUCGUGUCCCUCACCCACGGCUUCCCGGAGAAGGACACCGGUCUCUUCCGCACCACCGACGCCACCGCCCUUGCUCCCUCCGCCUUCCCCGUCGAGAACAGAGAGUACCUGGGCGACCACGCCGACCUCCGCACUCUCCAAACCUAUUUCUCCUGCUUCCACACCCCGUCCAACACCGACCCGGACACCUUUCUUGCCGAACUCAGCAGUUUCCAUGUCUUGUUCUUUCUCUUCUGUGCCAACUCCGUGCUCUCGGAUGCUGACCGCCGUGUGGCGGUGCGCGCCGUCCGCACCCAGGACCCUGCGGUGGCGGUGCAGCUUCUCGACAGCGACGGCUUCAAGACGUUGCAGACCCUC